AUGCCCACAAUAAUCCUCGGCGGCGGCAUAAUCGGCGCCUCAAUCGCCUACUACCUCUCACAACAAGACCCCAACUCCGCAUCGGAAAUCCACAUCCUCGAAUCCUCAUCUACGCUCUUCAGUUCCGCCUCCGGCUAUGCCGCGGGCUUCCUCGCAAAAGACUGGUUCGAGCCCUCGCUCCUCCCCCUCGGCGAACUCUCCUUCGCCAUGCACGAGUCUCUCGCGGCUGAGCAUGGUGGGGCUGCGCGGUGGGGGUAUAUGAAGGGGACGGCGCUGAGUUUGGGGUCGACGGAUGCGGGGGCCGGAGGGAAGAGAGGGGAUGAUUGGUUGCGGUCGGGGACGAGUCGCGCGGAGACGGCGACGGGGGAGGUUGUGGUGACGGAGGGGCCGGAGUGGUUGACGAGGCAGAAGGGGACGGCUGUUGAGAGGAUUAGUGAGGAGGGGAGUGUAGCGCAAGUGGAUCCGCUCCGCCUCUCCCAAUUCCUCCUGGACGAGAGUCUAAAGCGAGGCGUAAAGCUUCACCAACCAUGCAAAGCCACCUCUCUCAUCGCAGACAGCACGGGAACAAUAACCGCCAUAAAGAUGCUCAAUCUCACCACAAAAGCCGAAUCUACCCUGCCUGCCACAAACCUCAUCCUCGCCGCCGGAUCCUGGACACCGCGUGUCUUCGAAUCCCUUUUCCCCUCAUCCCGAACGAAACUCCCAAUCUAUCCACUGGCCGGGUACAGUCUCGUCGUGCGCUCACCACGGUACACAUCCGAGCACGAGAAGCAGAUCAACGGGGAGAGCCACGCGGUCUUCACGACACAUCCGCCGUCAUGCGGGUUCAGUCCCGAGAUCUUUUCGCGCGAGGGCCAGGAGAUUUAUAUUGCCGGACUGAAUAGUCGCGAUAUACCCGUUCCGGAUCGGGUUGAGGAUUUGCAGCGGUACUUUGAUGAGAAGGAGAUGGAGAGGUUGAAGAAUGUUACUGUGAGAUUGAUGGGGAGGCUUCCUGAUGGCACCCUGGAAGCAACCGAGGAAGUGGCUAACGUCAAUGAUCUUGAGAUCCUCCGAGAGGGAUUGUGUCUCCGACCCGUUGCGGAGAGAGGCGUACCGUUUGUUUCGAAGAUCGAGGAUGGACUCCUGGGGAAUGGGUUGAAGACCGGGAAGAAUGGUGGCGUGUUCGUUGCGGCGGGCCAUGGACCCUGGGGAAUCUCGUUGGCCCUGGGUACAGGGAAGGUGGUUGCAGGCUUGGUGAACGGGGUGAAGCCUGCUGCUGAUGUUAGUGGGCUGGGUGUUGGGUCGUCAAAGGCGAAGCUUUGA